AUCUAAACUACACUAUCAAACUCCGUAAACCAGUUACGGAGAUGUUGAAGAGGAAGUACGACAACAAAGCUUAAAAGCAAGUAAAGAGGUGAGAUCUGUUAAUGACACAAUCUGGAAGAACAAACACCUAAGACAAGACACAAAAGCAAGAAUCUAUAAAGCAGCAAUUAGACCUAUAUUGACAUACACGGCGGAGACAAGACCUGACACAUCUAAAACGAGACGACUACUAGAAAGAACAGAGGUGAAAAUACUUCGACGAAUACCAGGGAAAAGUCUGUUGGAUAGUGAGAGAAGCGAAAACAUAAGAAGGUCAUGCAAUGUAGAAGACAUAAAUGGAUGGGUGACAAAACGGAAACAGGAGUGGAACGAACACAUUAGUAGAAAGCAGAGGAUAGGAUAGUACGAAUAGCACGAGAUAGGUCACCAAAUGGACGAAGAAGUAUUGGCAGACCAAGAAAAAUAUAGUGUGAUAAUUUAAACAAUUUAGGAGGCUAAUAUUGAAGAAGAAACAGGCUUUAAUUAAGAAGGAAGAAGAAGAAGAAUAGCCAACAACAGAGUUUGUAUUUACUUAAACAAUACCAGCAUAGGAGAUACCUUACUAAUCAACCAUAAAACCGUACUCAUCCAAGACACGGAGGUAAAACUUCCGAAGGCUUAUUGUGCCAGCAAGGAGACUAGUUAUAUCAAACAUCUGAGCAUCCCGACCAGUGUUAUAUAAGAUACCUACUACAUCAUCACAAUCGGCAUAUUCUAAUGGAGUAAGCAACUUCAAUUUUCCUUCAAACGAACAAACCAUAUAAAAAACUGUCAGCUAUCCAAGGCAUUAAAAUGUCUGCAUAGAAACAGCAGUAAAUCGAGAUCUUUGGAGCAGCGUACUGAAGGAUGUAGCACCAUUGGAUGGAUGAAUAAUCUACAAGGAAGUAAUUAUAACAAAGUAUUUGCUGCUACCAUUUCGUACUGUGGACAAAACUUUAACAAUUUUUCUUCUCUUUUUUUACUUUCCCUCCAAACGAUUCUUCUGGGCCUUCUAUAAUUCAUUUUUGGAUCUAAGCAUCUUCUAUCGACCUCUAUCCUUAGCAUACUUCCAAUUUCUUCCGGUUCUAAUGUUGGUCUUUGUGUCUAGCAUCAAGGGACCUUGAUAGAAGAAGUAUCGCCCGACCGUGUAAGAGAUGGAGUGACAAUCUUCCAUAUAGGCAACAACCCGCCAAAGAACAAGCAAAAUGGCUUAUAUAAAGGAAUAUGUUUUAAAAAGAAAUUAUAUCUUACAUAUUUAAUAAAUUUAUACUAUAUGUAUAGUAAAAUAAACAGUCGUCAUUUGAGGUUAAGAUAUGUGUCAAGUGAAAGUCCUCAAUUAAUUGAUCAAUUUUGACGUAUUCUUCAACUGUUCUAGUAAUUUGUUCCUGAGAUAAUCGACAAAGCCACUUAAAACCUCUAUUUGUGCUUUCAUGUUCCACUGCGCCCCUUUUGAUAAUUACCCAAGGAACUCUUAAAACCAAAGGAGAGAAUGAAUAGUUUGAGCAGUACCAAAAAACACAACCAAUAAAGUAAUACGUUGUGCCUCAAAUACGUUAAAACAAACUGUGCAUUAACUUGUCAUAUUGAUGACGUGGUAUUUCAUUUUCCACACUUUGUUAUUUUGGCGCCCAAUUUAGCUAAUGACUUGUCAGCUGUGUGGCUGACGUGGUGUUACAUUCAACGCGCGCUUUUGGUAAGUGAUUUGCCGCGUAAACUGGCAUAUAUAACAGCGGCAUCUGCACGUUGUUGUCAGUUCAGUUUGUGCUUUGACGUGAUAAGUGUUAUUGUUACGUUGUGUUCGAAAUGUUCCGUUUAUUGCCAGUGAUCGCUGCAUCGUGUUUUCAGUUGACGGCGCUUCCAGUGGAAAUGUGGUCAACUAUUUUAAGAUUGUUGGAUCCAUUGUCUUUAUUGGCAACUGCAAGAUCAGAUCCCAGAUUCAAGAGUAUUUGUCUUGGUGACAGCGUGUUGAGAAAUAAUCUCCGGGAUGCUUUGGAGAUUGAAAGACGUCAGGCCGAAGAGAUUAUUCGAAAUCCUGCAAAAUCAAUAACUAUUUCCAGGGAGGAUGCCAAAAGAGUAUUUGCAGCUAACGUUUCCAAGAAGAUCGCCAAGAAAUCUGUAAAUCUAAAACACUGUUUGGAGGUUCUCAAGAAAAAGCCAAUGAAAGCAGAAAAUAAAAAGAAAAACCAAUGUCUAUCGACUGUUAAAAAAGUUUUUAAUUGUAGAAUUUAAGUU